AAGUACUUUACGCAUGCCCAGUCAAACCACCGGGCGGGAUCGCCAUUUUGAUCAUUUCCUCCAAAUUUCGCACCAGAAAAGAAGGUCAAAAUGACGGAUUCCAAGUACUUCACCACCACAAAGAAGGGUGAGAUCUUCGAACUGAAGGGCGAGCUCAACUCAGACAAGAAGGAGAAGAAGAAGGAGGCUGUGAAGAAGGUGAUCGCGUCCAUGACAGUGGGGAAGGAUGUCAGCGCGCUGUUUCCGGACGUGGUCAACUGUAUGCAGACGGACAACCUGGAACUGAAAAAGCUGGUGUACCUGUACCUGAUGAACUAUGCCAAGAGUCAGCCCGACAUGGCCAUCAUGGCCGUCAACACGUUCGUGAAGGAUUGUGAGGAUACCAACCCGCUCAUCCGCGCCCUGGCUGUACGCACCAUGGGCUGCAUCCGUGUGGACAAGAUCACCGAGUAUCUCUGCGAACCUCUCAGGAAAUGCCUGAAGGAUGAGGAUCCCUAUGUGCGUAAGACAGCAGCAGUGUGUGUGGCCAAGCUACAUGACAUCAAUGCCCAGCUUGUGGAGGACCAGGGUUUCCUGGACCAGCUCCGUGAGCUCCUGUCUGACUCCAACCCUAUGGUUGUGGCCAAUGCGGUGGCUGCGCUCUCUGAGAUCAGCGACACCUCCCCCAGCCCUGCCGCCCAGAUGGAGAUGAAUCAGCAGACCAUCAAUAAGCUGCUAGCUGCCCUGAAUGAGUGUACCGAAUGGGGGCAGAUUUUCAUCCUUGAUGCCCUGUCCAACUAUGUUCCCAAGGAUGAUCGGGAGGCCCAAAGCAUCUGUGAACGUGUCACUCCCCGUCUGGCACAUUCCAACGCAGGUGUGGUCCUGUCUGCGGUGAAGGUACUGAUGAAAGGGAUGGAGUAUGUGGGGAUGGAGACUGAGUUUGUUACAACACUACAGAAGAAGCUUGCUCCGCCCCUCGUCACUCUGUUGUCCUCUGAACCGGAGGUCCAGUAUGUAGCCCUGAGGAACAUCAACCUCAUUGUCCAGAAAAGACCUGACAUCCUGAAGCACGAGAUGAAGGUGUUCUUUGUGAAGUACAACGACCCCAUCUACGUCAAACUGGAGAACUGGACAUCAUAUCCGUCUGCCACGCAGGAGAACAUCGCACAGGUGCUUGCUGAGCUGAAGGAAUAUGCCACAGAAGUGGAUGUGGAUUUUGUGCGGAAGUCUGUGCGGGCCAUCGGACGCUGUGCCAUCAAAGUGGAGCAAGCAGCAGAGAGAUGUGUGUCAACACUGUUGGACCUCAUUCAAACUAAGGUGAACUACGUGGUCCAGGAGGCUAUUGUCGUCAUUAAGGAUAUCUUCCGCAAGUAUCCUAACAAGUAUGAGAGCAUCAUCUCCACUCUGUGUGAGAACCUGGAAAGUCUAGAUGAGCCCGAUGCUCGUGCAUCCAUGAUUUGGAUUGUGGGUGAAUAUGCAGAACGGAUUGACAACGCAGAUGAGUUGUUGGAGAGCUUCUUGGAGGGCUUCCAUGAUGAAAGCACACAGGUUCAGCUGCAGCUGUUGACUGCCAUAGUGAAGCUGUUCCUGAAGAAGCCCACAGAGACCCAGGAGCUGGUGCAGCAGGUGCUGAGUCUGGCCACCCAGGACAGCGACAACCCAGACCUGCGCGACCGCGGCUACAUCUACUGGCGCCUGCUGUCCACCGACCCCGCCGCCGCCAAGGAGGUCGUGCUCGCCGAGAAGCCGCUCAUUUCCUCGGAGACAGACCGCCUGGAGCCAACGCUGUUGGAUGAACUGAUCUGCUACAUCGCCAGUUUGGCAUCAGUUUACCACAAGCCUCCGAGUGCGUUUGUGGAGGGACAGGCGCUUGUCGUCCGUAGAACCCAGCUGCCGGUACGGUCUGCGUCAGGAGAGCCCGGCGCUACCGGAGCGACAGAGAGUCCCGUACCACAGCAGGCACAACCGGUACAACAACAGCAGUCAGUCAUCCCCAGUCAUGACACAGCCAUGGGGGAUCUGCUGGGUGACCUGUUAUCUAUGGACCUGAACCCUCAACCACAACAACAGAUGUCCAUGACCCCGGCACCACAGCAGGACAUGGGCGGCAUGGACCUUCUUGGCGGAGGUUUGGACAGCUUGUUGGGCGGCCCCAGCCCUGUGGCAGGGAUGCCUGCCUCUCAGGCCUCCAUGGGUGGUGGCUUGGGCGACAUCCUUGGUCUUGGAAUUUCCAGUACGACCUAUGUGCCUCCAAAACAAGUAUGGCUGCCGGCGCCCAAGGCCAAGGGACUGGAAGUGUCAGGAACGUUUUCCAUCCGACAGAACGUGCGCUACAUGGACCUCACUUUGAAGAAUAACGCCAUGGCGCCUAUGGGUGACUUUGCUAUCCAGUUCAACAAAAACAGUUUUGGGCUUUCACCAGCCUCUGCACUCCAAGUUCCAUCCCCCCUGAGUCCCGGCCAGACUGCCGAUGUGACCCUCCCCCUGGGUACAAAUGGACCAGUCCAGAAGAUGGAUCCCCUUAUGAACCUACAAGUGGCCAUGAAGAACAACAUUGAUGUCUUCUACUUCUCCUGUCUUAUCCCUAUCCACCUGCUUUUCACUGAGGAUGGACAAAUGGAGUAUGCUAAUCAAAGAUCAGCAUCAGAUCGGAAAGUGUUCCUGGCCACGUGGAAAGACAUUCCUGACUCAAACGAGGUCCAGAAGGAGAUUGCAAACCCCAACCAGCUGGAUCCUAAGGGCAUCUCGGACAAGCUUCAGCAGAGUUUCAUCUUCACGAUCGCACAGAGAAACGUGGAUGGCAGAGACAUGCUGUACCAGUCCCUCAAGCUGACCAAUGGGAUCUGGGUGUUGGCGGAACUGAAAAUCCAGCCCAGAAGUCCGACUAUGACCCUGUCUCUGAAGACACGAGCCUUGGAUGUCAUUCCUCAAGUGCAACAGGCUUACGAACUCAUCAUAGCAAAUAUGUGAAGCUUCAAGUAACGUCCUGUAACUGGGUAGAACAUUGUGAGCUGUCAGUGUCAUCUUCAAAAUGAGAUGUGUAAUUAGUCGUCCAUAGAGCAAUCAAAAUUUACUGGGUGUCCACUUCAAAAUGGUAAAGCACAUCCACCGUGUAGGAUUUGUAGGGGGAAAAUUUCAUGGAAAGGUCUGGACUGACUUUAUUUUUAGAUGUGUCAGGCGUAUCUCGAUUAAUGAUAAAGUUUAACAGCCUGUACACGUUCAUAUUUCAGUACGGCCCCCUUUUCUUAGAUUUUAGAAGAAAAGAUAAGCACAUCCCAUGCUUUUCCCAGUGAACUAGCCCAUAGAGAACAGAUAUACAUGUAUAUGUAACAUUGAUGCAGAAGAUUGUCAAAAUUGUGGAUACUGUGACGUGAUUGGUCAUAGGAUUGCUAAUACAGAAUGUUGAUUGUCUCAAAUCACAUAAAGACAACUGUAGCGUCAAACUUGUGCAAAGUGCACAUUAUACAUCAGCUGUGGAAUCAGUUUAAAUAACAGCAAUUCUAUCUCAGAGUAAUCUUUUUUUCCUUUAUAUAAUUCUGUUUGAUUCGUUCAUAUAGCUAUUAUGAUAUGACAGAAAUAAAUGAUCUGUAUGAAAAAUAACA